AUGUCUGCUAUCAACAAAUAUAGAAUCCUAUUCAAUGGACAACCAUUUAUGAUAGUAUUAACUGGCAUUGAUCGUGCUAUUCGAGAUGAAAGAAUACUGGAAAGAGUACACCAUCGCGCCAAAGAAGCCAAAUGCACAAUUGUGACACUGUUUCCUCCAGCUGAACUGGUAGUCUUACUCGCGAGUAAAAAACUAUUGUUGGCACAUUUACUACGUGAUACCAACUUGAUGCGAGUGCAUUGUGGGUUGGAACCCCAUCCAGUCUCGUUCCUCAUAGAACAUCCUCUUGUAUUCGAAUGCUACGUCGAAUAUAUGAUGGCCUCUAUCGGAGACAACCCAGAGAAAAUCGAUCGUUUCAUCGAGGAAGAGAAGACAUUCAACACGUUCUCUCCACUGUUCUGGUUCCCAACAGUCGUUACCGAUAAAAACCUCCAUAUAUUCCUCGAAAGUGCCAAACGUGCUCGUCUCUUUCGUUAUUUCGUAAAGUAUGUGUGGUCUAUAGAUACUGAAGCUCAGGUACUCUCAAAACUCAAAAACAAGAGAGUGUAUCUCGAAAACACAAACCCCACCAAUAAUAAUAAUAAUAAUAAUAAUAAUAAUAAUAAUAAUAAUAAUAAUAAUAACGACAUCAAUAUCAAUGAUUAUCCCUAUCCAAUUGGACCCGUCACUGAGGAAAUGGCCGGAAUUCUCCAAAACAACCAAGGAACCAAGCCUUCAUGGACUCAAAGUGAGCCUGCUGGUGAUAUCAUAAGAAUGCUUGCUGAUCGUAUAAAGUUCAAUGACAUCAUCCUACCAGAUGGUUCCUCGAUUCUAGAAAACGCUAUUCAUCGCGUCGAGUAUGAGUAUCAUGACAAGACUAUUAAUAGCAACUCGGAUUGCACUGUAUUGAGAAGUGACAGAAGACUAGUGAACGACAUCCAAGUGCUUCAUAUGAUUGAGCCAUUCAGUGUCGAGAAAAAGUAUAGGUACUUGUCUCUGCCAUCAGAUGAAUGUAUCUUGCGAUCCGGACAAUUGCAAUACUUGCACAAAAAUAAGUGCAAAGCAAAGCAAGAUAACGGAAAAUUAUGUGGCAAUGGCAUUGUAGUAUAUGCACGCCACAAGAGUAAAUGCCAUUUCCACUACUCAAUUGGUGUUAGAAAAAAGAAGAAGAAAGUGGUCAAACCUACACUUGAUCCAUUGUCUGUAAGACAAUGUCAUUCUAGAUCACAACAUGACCAUGAUAGUGAUGAUGAUGAUGAUGAUGGUGAUGAUGAUGGAUAUGACGAUGGUGAUGACGAUGAUGAAGAUGACAACUAA